AAAUCAAACUGAUUUGUCAUACCUGAUCCUGAUCAACGUCGUUGAUCACAGCCUCAUAUUUAAUACGACAUCACGUCGUCCAACGUGAAAAUAAAAAAAAUCAUCUUCGGCAGAUUCUCCGAGCGUUGGAAGUGCAAGACGAUCGCUUUUAUUCUCAUACGACGUCGGCUCGAUCUAGGGUUUCGAUUUAGAUUCGAAAAGUGCCAGGCAUCAUGUCGAGGAGCUCAAACUCAAACUCCACAGUUUACAUUGGCAAUUUGGACGAGCGGGUGAAUGAAAGGGUUUUGUAUGAUAUCCUAAUUCAAGCAGGACGGGUAGUAGAUUUGUACAUUCCCCGAGACAAGGAAACCGAUAGACCUAAAGGUUAUGCAUUUGCAGAAUAUGAAACCGAGGAGGUUGCUGAGUAUGCUGUUAGACUUUUCUCUGGUCUUGUGACUCUCUAUAAUCGAACUCUGAAGUUUGCGAUUUCUGGGCAGGACAAGUCUUCAUUAAAUAUUUCUUCUGCAGACACUCCUACCUCAAAUUUUCCUUCCAAACUGAGGCCUGAGCCUGUACAUAUUAAUGAUGAGAGAUUAUCAACGUCAUGCAGACUUUCUACUUAUCCAGUAAAUUAUGCCCAAGUUCCUACCCACCCUGGUGUUAAUAAUCAUUCUAAUGGAUUUGCAUCACAUAGAGAUGGCAACAAUUUCGAAUAUAGCAGAAGAAUUUUUGGGGCUACAUUGGAUAGCAUUAACCGCUCUAGGUCACGCCGUUUUGAUACUAGUAAUCAUGUAUUACGAAUGUAGUCGACGAAUUUUGGGGCAACAUUUGAUAGCAUUAACCACUAAGUCACCCUGUUUUGAUACUAGUAAUCAUGUAUUAUCCUUCUUACUAGAAGUUACUAUAAGAUUGUUAGAGAUCAAACCUUUUACCUUGGUUGGUCUUCCUAAUGACUUAACAAUAAGUGCUUGUCUGGUGUAGGUGUUCGAAUGAAUGGUUGCAGAUACUCCAUUCCUGUAAUCUAGUUUGAUGUUAGAUGCCAUGUCAUAGUUUGUAUCUAUAUAUGUCUGUAUUCUAAUUCUCAAUUUUAGGCUUGAUGAAUGGUACUGAUAUGUAUUUUCCUUCUCUUGAAGUGAAGGGUGCUUCUCUUUCACUUAAUAGAACUUCCAAUUUCUAAAUCAAGUUUCUUAUCCAUUUUUCA